UGCCUCCUCACCACGUUCCACCUGCGCGGUCGCCGGGCCAGUCAUGCCGCUCCUCACACCUCUCCAGUCCGCCGCGUGCAGCUCGCUCCUCACGCUCUCCUACGUCGGCGGCCUCUACAUUUCCGCCUCGACGCGCGUCGGCUCGCUCGUGCCUGCCUCCUCCGCCGACGUGGGCGCCGACGACACGCCCGCCUCGGCCGCCGCCGACGCGGCGCCGCGGCGGCGCGGCAAGAACGACGAGGACGUCGUGUAUGCGCGGCUGCGCACCGUGGGCAUCGUCAGUGUGGCAGGCGUGGGCGCCACCAUUGCAGUGCUGUGGCAGGCCGGCGCCGCUCGGGAGUCGCGACCAUUCUUCCGUCUUCUCUCGCUCCUCUCCGCGCUCGGCAUGCCGCUGCCUACUCCCUCGCUCUUGACGUCCUCGGCACCCUUUGAGCCCUCGCUCUCCUCCUACUUGCUCUCGGGCCUGCGUUCGAUUGGCUACGCCCUCGGUCUCACGGCCACGCUCUACACUGGGCCGCUACUGGUCUCAGGCUUGGAUGAGGAGCUGCCGGGACAGAAGGAGUUCGAAUACAAGCGGGACGUGAGGGGCAAGUGGGACAAUGUGUGGGGAUUGAGGAAUUACGUCGUCGGCCCGCUCACCGAAGAAGUCAUCUUCCGAGGCUGCAUCCUCGCGCUCACAGCUGCUGCAGGCGCCAAAGGCGGCGUGAUGAUCUUCGCCACGCCGCUGUACUUCGCCAUCGCACACGUGCAUCAUGCGUAUGAAACGUACCUGGAUUCCGGAAAGACGAGAGAGGGCCUGGUGAGAGGGGUCACGCAUGCUUCCAUCCAGUUCGCCUACACCUGCAUCUUCGGCUGGUACGCCAAUUUCCUGCAUCUGCGCACCGGCAAUCUGCUCGCGCCGCUCACCGCACACGUGUUCUGCAACAUUAUGGGCCUCCCAAACCCGGCGGGCGCGAGCAAGAGACACAUGCAGCGCAAGGGCGCAAUCUACGCGGCGCAUCUCGUCGGCAUCGUGGGCUUCGCUUGGGGCAUCGCGGCGCUGUGAGGGCAAUGAGAUGCGUGCACUGGGAAGAGAGUCCGAGCUGUCUCGCGGCUCGAAUCAUCUAUCAGACAUGACACGAAGCGUAGCUCAAGCAUGCAUUUCGGCGAGCCGCCAGCAUUCGCUCAACACAUGCCAUGUAAACCGAUGUCGCACCGGUCUCUCGUGCCUGGC